GCGAUAUUUGAUGUAGCUGAAAAUCCUAGGAGCAGAGCAGGGAACUUGACAUGUCAACAAAACAGAUACAUUAUCACCACACAGGCAUGUAAUGGUGUGGAGGUGUGGAAUAGCCUGACAGGUAACCUCACCUGGACCUAGAUCCUCCACCAGGAUCUUCACCUGCUCUAUGACAACCCCUCCGCUAGUGUCGCCUUUUGGCGGGCAGCCCCCCCCGCCCCAGCUGCAGCAGCAGGCCCAGGCAGCACGGGAUGUCAACACGGCCUCGCUGUGUCGCAUUGGGCAGGAGACGGUCCAAGACAUUGUCCUCAGGACCAUGGAGAUCUUCCAGCUCCUCAGGAACAUGCAGCUGCCUAAUGGAGUCACUUACCAACCCAACACUCACCAGGACCGGCUGGGGAAGCUCCAGGAACAUCUCCGGAUGCUCUCUGUGCUGUUCCGCAAGCUGCGCCUCGUCUACGACAAAUGCAACGAAAACUGUGCCGGGAUGGAAUCUAUUCCUCCAGAG